AUGGACAACUACAAAAUCGAUUUCCUAGGAAUCAGUGAAACGAGGUGGACAGGAGCAGGCAGAAUGCAGCUUGCAAAUGGACAAACACUGCUCUACACAGGACGACAGGACAAUCACCACUCAGAAGGCAUCGGUAUCGUCAAGAAACUGAUGGAAUGGAAACCAGUUGGAUCAAGACUUCUCGGUGCUAGAUUCAAUUCCAAGUACACAAAACUCUCCAUUGUAUCGUGCUAUGCUCCAACUGAGGAUGCUGAGGAAGAAGAUAAAGACAUCUUCUAUGAUCAGUUGCAGCAUAUCCUUCAAAAUGUUCCAGCACAUGAUAUGCUGCUUGUGAUUGGGGACUUUAAUGCAAAAGUUGGAAAUGAAAACACUGGAAAAGAACAGAUCAUGGGGGAAAAUGGUUGCAGAAUUAUGAAUGAAAAUGGGAAGCAGAUCUGUGAACUGUGUGAAGAAAAUAAUUUAGUUGUGGGUGGCACCCUGUUCCAACAUAAAGAUAUCCACAAGCUGACAUGGACAUCACCAGAUGGCUCCACUAUCAACCAGAUUGACCACAUCUUGAUAAACAGAAAGUGGAGAAGUUCUUUACAUGAUGUAAAGGCAAGACGAAGUGCAGAUGUUGCUAGUGACCACUCUAGUGAUUGGACUCAUAUCACUUAA